GUAAUGUUUUUGAGGACGAUGAAUCAGCUGCAGCAGAACAGGUGAGGCAAAACAAGACUAUUUUCACAAUUAUUUUACAACUUUGUUAAAUGUUUAGUGUAUAAAAUGUAACGCAACAGGGAUUUAAAAAGAAAAAACCUUUAAAAAUGUAUUUUAUUAUACAUUUUUGAGUAAACAAACAGUUUUAUGUAAAGUUACACAAAAAAGCUGCUACAUUAGUUCAACUCAACAUAACUUUUACUUUGUAAUUAAUCAUGUUAAACCCCCAAACCAGUUGAAUUUAGGAAAUUAUCAAAGUGUUUCAUGACUAGUUAGUUAAUAAAAAUGUAUUCCUGAAAAACCAGGCAUUUCAUAAUCAGGAACUAGAAGCAGCUACGAUGUCGACAGUUUGGAUUUUAAGCCAUUUCUCCUGAUUAUGUGCCAAUAACUGAUGAAAUAUUUAAAUAUACCUAAAGUUGUGUCAGAUUAAAUAGUUCCUUAUUAUUAUUGCUUGUCAAUUUGUUGUUUUUUUAUGUGAAUUUCUAAAGUAUUUAAGAAAAUUUGAUUUGUUACUCAACCAAAACAAAAUAGAGUUAGUUUUCCAAUUUGUUCCAUAACAUAUUUUCUGGGCCUCAUAUAGCUAUUGAUUUCUUUAAAAGUACUUUAGUGUUGAGAUUUAAGUAACAAUAACCAUGUAGCAUCUAAUUUACUUUCAAUGUUUAUUCAUUAUUUUGGGUACUUUGGACUUUUAAAUUAAUUAUCUGUUUAAUUUAAGAUAAUUCUAAGUUUAAACAAACAGUUUCUAAUUGUUUUCCCAACUAUCUUGUCAAAUUAUUUAAAGUUUCUUUUAAGAAAAGAAAAAAAAAACUAAUUUCCUAAUUUGAUUGUUGUAAUUUAUCAGUAAAACUUUGGACUAUAAAUUUACUAGAAUUCUGCUGUUUUUUUCUGCUUUUCACAGAAAUGAAAGUAAACAACUUCUUUGAUUAACAUUAGAAAUCAACAAACAAACCUGUAUACAGAUUUAGUGUUAUGACGAAUUGAAAAACUUUUAAGAUCUAUUAACAACAAGUUAAGUCAUGUGAUUCAGCCACAGAUUCUUCAAGUUCUCCCACUUAAAGAUUAGAUUUUUUUAACUGUUGGAAACAAAAUGAGAAAGUAAGGUAAAAGAUUUCAGGAAAUCCUGCGAUUUUUUUUUUCUUUUUUUUUUUUUAAGAAUUCGCUUGUAAAUGGUGAAGAAAAUCAGUAUUUGGUCAAAACAAAAGUUACUUUUGUUGUCAAUGAUGAAUAUCAAAGAUUUCCUUUACCAGGUUUUCACACACUGUAGCUGCUAUUUUGGUCCAUUCUCCCAUGCAGAUCUUCUCAAGAGCUGUGACAUUUUGGGAUUGUUCCUGGAACACAGAAUUUCAACUCCCUACAAAGAUUCUUUGAUGGAUUGGGGUCUGAAGACUGGCUAGGCCACUCUAGAACCUUGAAGUGAUUUUAAUGUAGCCACUCCUUCGUUAGUUGGAUGAUGUGUUUAGGGUCAUUGUCAAAGGUGGGAAAUCUAGCUAGACAAUUAGUGAUCUCACAGAUGGGAGGAGGUUUUUGCCCAGAAUCUAACCACACAUCAUUAGUUCUUUCUGUACAGACGAGUUGUUCUGUCCCAUUUGUAGGAAAACGGCCCCAAACCAUGUUGUUUCCACCUCCAUGCUUCACAGUCGGUAUGGUGUUCUUGAGAUGUAACUCAGCAUUCUUCCCCCUCCAAUUACGGCAAGUGAGAUUCUCCCAAUCCAGCUCAGGAUAAUCCAGAUGGUUUCUGGAGAACUGUAGAUAGGUCUGGAUACAUGCUGGUUUCAGGAGGACCUUUUGGUAAACUGCAGGAUUUGAAUCCAUGACAGUGGAGUCUGUUACUGCACCGUCAUGGAUUACGAAGGUUUACUGCGGAUCACCAUAACGACCACAGUAACAAAGGUUCAGUCAUCAUGGACGAUUGAAACUUUGUGACUGUGGUUCCAUCUCUCUUCCGGUCAUUGACCAGUUCCUCCGUGGAAUUCUAGGGUGUUCUCAAUAUAAUUUGUACGCCACCAGAUGUGAUCUUUCAUGGAGCCCCAGGUGGAGAGAGAUUGUCCAUGAUCCUGUAUUUCUUCCAUUUUCUAAUAAUUUCUCAAACAGUUGAUUUCUUCUCACCAAGCUGCUUGCUUGUUGUAGAUUGCUUCAUUACAGUCUUGUUCAGGUACAGAAUCUUGUCCCUGGUGUCCUUCGACAGCUCUUUGGUCUUUAGUGGAGAAGCUUCAAUCUGGCUGCUUGAGGGUGUGGACAGGUGUCUUUUAUACAGAUAACCAGUUCAAACAGACAACACUGAUGCAGUGAAGGAUUUAAGCACUUCUUAAAAGGAGAAGUAAAAGGUCUGUAAGAGACAAAAUUCGUCUCUAUAGUGAACAUCACAGGCUCAUCUUUUUAAAAUGAAUAACUUGUAGAAUCUCCAAAAUCCUGCGUCAUAGGUUGGUUGGUGUCUCUAAAUUGCAUCUACGUGGGAAUGUGAGUCUGUAUGUGGCCCAGUAGUGAGGUGUUAAUGUGUUCAGGGUGUACCAUCCCUUCGCCCAUAUGUGGCUGUAACCCUACGCCCCCGAAAGGGAACUAUCACUAUCUACUUUUCUCUGCUCCUUCUCUCUGUUUAGGUGUCACCAUGAAUUCACCCAAUGGCGAGGCCACCAAAAUUUCCAUGGAGUUGAAGGACAUUUCUUUAAAGAUUCAACAACUUCAGGAAAAGAAGAAGAUUAUGCAGAUUUUUCUGGAGAUAAGGAACCGCACAAACUUUGGCCAAACAGAAGAAGCAUACGCCAAAAAGAAACAAAUCAAGAUUAUUGACGAUGAACUGCGACAGCUCAGAGAGAGGCAGGCUGAGUUGCAGAAACGGUUGAAGGGCAUUUCAGCUGUCACAGGCAGAGAUGACCAGAAAGAAGAAGCAUACACCAGACAGAAACAGAUGAACAUUAUUGGGAAUGAACUAAGACAUCUCAGAGGGAGGCAGGUUGAGCAGCAACAAACGUAUGAGAACAACUCACCUGUCAGAAACAGAAAUGACCAGAAUGAAGAAGUAUACGGCCAAGAAACACAGAUGAACAUUAUGGGCAAUGAACUGAAACAUCUCAGAGAGAAGCAGAUGGAAUCGUUUGAGAGGACCUCAGCUGUCAAAGACGGAGACGACCACAAUGAGAUGGCAGCCGACCCCACAAGACAGGAGGAAAAGAGGAAUGCUGCUGAGAAAAAAGUUGUCUUUGUUGAGGCUCCGCCUCCGUACCCAGCUCCUUCUGUGAUCCUGGACAUGAGUAAACUUCCACCUGAACCCAGCAGGACUCAGUGCCCCGAGUGUCAGCAGUUUGUAGUGACUGAGACCGUUACCUCCGUCAGUAGCGUGACCUGGCUGGUGUGCGUGAUGUCAGCUAUGCUUUGCUGUGUGGCCGGUUGUUGCCUCAUUCCUUUCUGCUCCGACAAGUUCAAGUCCAUCACACACAAAUGUCCAAAGUGUCGGACGUCCAUCUCGACCCUGAAAAAGCUCUGAACGGAGGUGUAGACUUUAUGGAAAUGAAGCGAAAGAGCCACGAAUGACUUUAGACGUUCGUUCAACUGAUGGAAAAAACAAAUAAACCAAAGAAAUGUGAAAAGAGGACAUUGUACUAUGUAGCUCAACAUAUAUUUAAGGAAAUUAUUGAAGUAAAAGGAGCUUUGGGGUAAAAUGGUGGACUGAAAUGCAUCUCCUUUGGCUCUUAGAAUGAACAGACCCUUCUGGAUUAAAAGAGCUUCUUCAAAUAGACUUUCUUUUAUAGCAAGAGAUCUAUCAUCGCCUGUUUCCGAAACACAGAUUAAGUUAACAGCACUUUUACUCGUCCGCCAUCUGUCCUGGACUGCUCCAUCCUCCGUGACCUCUGGAUGUCUUUCCGCCUUUGUGCUUUUGCUCAUCCUCCACAAACGCUGGGUUUUCUCUGUACUUGCUCCAGAUGUUAAACAGCGCUGACAGAGAGCAGUUAACAUCUUUUGCCGCACUCCCGUGUGCAGAAUUCUCCUUCUGGAGGAGUUAGUAUUAAUGUUUUCCGCGCUUCCUGCCAGGCCGCCAAGUGCAACAGCUUGUAGAGGUCGGUGAGCGCUUCCUUUAAUCUGAUGACUGACUUAUUUGUAAAUUUAGUUCGUUCCAGACAUUUGAUUUCCAUCAGUUUUUUUCUAUGAAAUUUAAAAAAAUAGAUGAUUUUCCCUUUUUUAUUCUUACUUUUGAACAAACAUCCUCCAUAAUUAUGCAGGUUUAUUUUAGAGAAUAAAAGAAAUGUUUAUCAUUUUGAAUAAGUUGAGUGUGGAAACAUGAGCCUCAGUGCAAAUAUAUGUUUACCUGUAUGUUCAAACUGGACAGACGACUAUUUAAAUCAAUCUGUGACUGUAAAUACACCAAAAAUCUGAUUUAGUUUGAAUGAUAUAAACAUUUAUUUCUCUUAUAAAAUUCAUAAUUGCACUUUUUUUUUUGUUUUUCCUCGUUUUUUAACAACCUUUAAAGAAAAGUUGGUGAUGCACAAAUGCAUCCCAAACUGAUUUCUGUAUGUACAAAACAACUACUCAUGUAUAAAAAAUUAUAUAAAUAUAAUACUUGUAUAUUGUCUACAAAGUAUGAAAUACAAUGCUUUUGGUUUGAAGUACACAAAUGAAGAGACAAAGCAUUUCUAAUUCCAGCACAUAACCCUUUCAGGAAACUCACAAUCAGACAUUGAGCUACAGAAACAAAGAAGAAAAAAAUCACUCUUUUCACCGUAAAGUGACUCAGUUCAUACUAUUCCAGAGACUAAAAGUAAUUGCUUCAAAGACAGGAAACAGAAGAAAAUCUAAAACACUGAAGUGCGUGAUGUUUUUCUCCACCGUUAGUGUUAAAUUCGUUGUUUUUCUCAAAUAGAAAAUAACCUUUUCAGGAUAUGUCAAACUAAAUGUGACCACCAGAGGGCGCCAAAGCACAAAACAAGAGGCUACCAGUUGAGAAAUAGUUUAAAUUUGUUUUUGUGGAUAUUCUUUUUCCUUUAACUCUGUGAACAUGGACCAUAAAAGAAAAAAAAAGAAAAACACAAAUAAAAUAAAGUCACUUCAGAAGUAAAUCUGUCAGAAUUCAGCGAUUCUUGUAAUUGAAGUGAAACUAGAGAUCUUUAGAAAAAUAAAAAAAAA